UUGGCGGCCUCCGGGCGAUAGUGCAGCAGUCGCGGCCGCGGUUCCAGCGCGUCCCGUCGGGUUCCCCCAGGAGCGCCAUGGCGGAGCUGUGCCCCCUGGCCGAGGAGCUGUCGUGCUCCAUCUGCCUGGAGCCCUUCAAGGGGCCGGUCACCACGCCCUGCGGCCACAACUUCUGCGGGUCGUGCCUGGACCAGACGUGGGCCGUCCAGGGCCCGCCGUACCUAUGCCCGCAGUGCCGCACCGGCUUCCAGACGCGGCCACAGCUGCACAAGAACACGGUGCUGUGUGCGGUGGUGGAGCAGUUCCUGCAGGCCGAGCAGGUCCGUCCCGAGCUCCCCGACGACUGGACGCCGCCCACCCGGGCCGCCGCCCCCAACCAGGCCGACCAGGUGCCUUGCGACCACUGCCUGAAGGCGGCCGCCGUCAAGACGUGCCUGGUGUGCACGGUCUCCUUCUGCCAGGAGCACCUGCGGCCGCAUCUCGACAGCCCCGCCUUCCGGGACCACCCGCUGCAGCCGCCCAUCCGUGACCUGAUGCGCCGCAAGUGCCCCCAGCACAACCGGCUGCGGGACUUCUUCUGCCCUGAGCACGGCGAGUGCAUCUGCCACAUCUGCGUGGUGGAGCACAAGACCUGCUCGCCUGCGCCCCUGAGUCAGGCCAGCACUGACCUGGAGAACAAGCUGAGGCAUAAACUGACUGUCAUGUACAGUCAGAUCAACGGGGCGUCAAGAGCACUGGAGGACGUGAGAGCCAGGCAGCAGGACGUGCGGGAGGUUGCACACAGGAAGAUGGACCAGCUUAGACAAGAAUACAUGGAAAUGAAGGCUCUCAUUGAUGCCUCAGAGGCCAACUCCACACGAAAGAUAAAGGAAGAGGAGAAGAGGGUCCACAGCAAGUUCGACAACAUUUAUCAGAUCCUCCUCAAGAAGAAGAGUGAGAUCCAGACCCUGAAGGAAGAGAUUGAACUUGCCCUGACUAAGGGGGACGAGUAUGAGUUUCUGGAGAAAGCAGCAAAACUGCAAGGAAUCACAACGAAGCCAGUCUAUGUCCCCAAGGUGGAGCUGAAUCACGAGCUGAUAAAGGGUGUCUGUCAGGGCACCUCUGAGCUCAAAAAUGAGCUGAAGCAGUACCUCAGACAGCUCCAGGACAAGAAGCCUGAGGAGCUCAUCAUCCCAGGGGGCCCUGGAGGACAUGACCUGACGCACGUGCCGAAACCCCCACGGCCUGUGAAGAAGAUCCCAAAAGAAGAAAAGAAACCCAAGAAACCUGCCCCAAUCCUUGUCUCAGCCAGCAAGCUUCCCACCUUCGGAGCCCCAGAACAUUUAGUGGAUCUCAAACAAACUGGCCAGGAGGCUGAGGCCAAAGUCCCCGCCAGACCGUUGACCCCAGUGACUCUCAAGGCCAAGGUGCUGGAGACCUUCCUAGCCAAGUCCAGGCCUGAGCUUCUGGACUAUACUGUUAAAGUCGUCCUGGACUACAACACUGCCCACAACAAGGUGACUCUGUCCAAGGACUACACCGUAGCUUCUGUGGCUGACGUACCCCAAAACUACCGACCACAUCCCCAGAGGUUCACAUGCUGCUCUCAGGUGUUGGGCCUGCACUGCUACAAGAAAGGGAUCCACUACUGGGAGGUGGAGCUGCAGAAGAACAACUUCUGUGGGGUGGGCGUCUGCUAUGGCAGCAUGGAGCGGCAGGGCCACGAGAGCCGGCUUGGCCGCAACAGUGCCUCUUGGUGCGUGGAGUGGUUCAAUACCAAGAUUUCUGCCUGGCACAACAACGUGGAGAAAACCCUGCCCUCCACAAAGGCCUCGCGAGUGGGCGUGCUUCUCAACUGCGACCAUGGCUUUGUCAUCUUCUUCGCCGUGGCUGACAAGGUCCACUUGUUGUAUAAGUACAAGGUGGACUUUACUGAAGCUCUGUACCCGGCCUUCUGGCUGUUCACCGCAGGCGCCACGCUCUCCAUCUGCUCCUCCAAGUAGGCGGGCUCUGGACGCUUGGCCUGACUGCCUGUGCAGUGCCCGGGACUCUAGUGAAAAUGCUGUAUGUAGGUGGAGCUCUCAGGGAGGUUUCUGAGAGUCCCCAAGGGCUGAAAGGAUGGGAGGGGAGCUGGUGAGGGUGGGAGGAUAGGGAGAUGGGCUAAGAGGAUGGGUUUGGCCAGGGAAAGGGAUGGGGUGAUUGCGUUAUGGGUGAGGAAGCCUUUCUGCCUUCUGCUGCCCAUCAGGCAGGAUGACCGCCCCCCUUGUUCUGGUAGAUCUCCAGGCUGCCCGGUGGCCGGGUGCGGCUUUGCGGAGUGAAGUCCUUAGUGCCCCUCUGCUCUUGGACAUAAUCUAUAGCCACUGUGGGUUCUUCCUUAGGCCUCUGGUGUCUGCCUCUCUGCUGUCUGGGGUAGCCUUCAAAUCUUGGAGUUUUGAUGAUUCUCUACAGAGCUACUUAACUCUAUAGAUUUUUUAAAACAUUCCAAAGUCAUUGAAUUUCAUUAUUACUCACCCUCCACUACCUACACGUGGGAGUUGGGGUGAAUGCUCAGACCUCUGGUUAUUUUCUGUGCUUGAGGGAAGCUGCGCACAACAGGUCUCCACCCAGACCAGAGUUUCCCAAAGAAGUAUGUCCUUUUCCUCCACUGUUUCCCUUUCUGUCUUGGACCUCAACACCCCAUCCAUGGUUUUAAAAUGUUUAGUCCAACAGGACCCUUUUCAGUCUAAGAUUUCAAACCAUAAUCUGAAUCAGCCUGUUUUGGAUUUGUGAUUCAGGGUCAAGGUGACCCAGGUCCCAUGUGGCUAGAAGCCCCUCCCACUCUCAUGUAUUAUGAAAGGCGUCUCAGCAGAGAUGCCUUGGUUACAACUACAGAGCCUUCUUCCCCUAGCCCAGGCUUUGGGGCAAGGCUCUUCACCAGGCAAGAGGGACCCUGACUGCGUUCACAGUUGGAGGUUUUCUUCUGAUUGGAGCCUCUUGCCUUCUUACUGAUCACCUUCCUCAGUGACAGCCUCUGUUCCCCAGGAUUGUGAGAUCCUGCACUGGCUGGUGGAGAUACCACCGUGGCCAGCACAGUUGAACGUUCGGCUAAGCCCGCUGUCAGGCAGACAGGCCAGGUGUGGCUACCUCAGGGACCAUACUAGGUCACCUGCUGGGCUGACUACCUAUGGCCAGAAGGGCCUUCUAGCAGAUCCAUGGGAAACAGCAACAUUCCCGUUCAACCCAGCACUGGUCCUUGUGUGAGUUCGAGGCCUGUCACCAGCCCUAGCCCUUUCUACUUUCCUCCUCGUUUGAGCCAAUUCGAGAUGUAGGAAUUGACCAGGCAAAGGGUCAGGAAGACUUAAGGACCAGGGAGGAGAGAAGCUGCCAGUCUUCAGCACAAGGAGCUAUUUUUCCUGCAGUGUUUCUGUGCAGUGAAAAUAACCCCAGUCCACUCAGGGCGGGAGUGAAUGGAUUGCUGGAAUUGCCCAAGCUCCUUAUAUCCUGAUAUUGUCAGGAUGUAAGUUCUGAUCCCCAAAGUGAGAGAAAUGGAACCUCUUGUGGUGAAAUGUGUCCUGCUCUGGGCUUUGCCAAGAGGAGAGCUGAGGUCAGGCUCCUUGUGGUAUGAAAAGGAUAAUAAUACCACUGGAGACAGGGACCCCAGGCCUGUCCAUAUGGAUGUUUGACAAGUUAGUGCUUCUGGAGGCUUGUGCUGGGCCCCCAGGGCACUCUAGUCAGGCCCAGAGCACUUGAUAUUUCUGACAGAUGUGUUCAUCUGUGUCACCUCCCAACAAGAACUUCCACUUCCUUGGGAGAGAAAUCAUCUUUGUAGGGAAGAUCCCCCUGCAAUAGCUGAAAUGUGGUUUUUAAAAGUUUUCUUUCUUUGCUCCUGGGAAGAAAAGUUCUUUGUUGAUUCUUCUCUGCUUUUGGAGAUGGUCCAAAGCAUCUUCAUCGAUCUCCUGAAACAAACGCCUUGUUUGAAGCCAGUUUAUACUCGGGAAACAGCUGGGUUUAGAGGGGAAUGCCGAAGAUUAAACCACGGGUCCUGCUUGGGCUCUUCUGCAGAAAUGAGGGCAGCCAAGAGGGCUGUUCCCUGAUGAUCGGUCAUCCAGCUCAGGAAAGGGAAGCAUGAGCCCCUGUGUUGAUGAGAGGCAAGCGGGUAACCCAAGGUGAGCCCUGUGUGGGUUCUUUGCGUGAACUGAGGGGCAUUCCGAACCAUUCUGUUUCCAGUGGUGAGACUUUACGUCCCCUCCCUUGACUUGCGGGGCCGGUGCCCGACACUAGCGUCCUAGAGUUGGGGGAAAUUUUGUGUUCAUCUGACUUCCCGUUUUGCAAAGUAAGUCAGAUGGGGAGGUAUCAUCCGGAUGACUCCACUCACCGCUCUUGACAUCCCAUUAUGGAGGCGGUGCCUCCUUAGAUGCCCCUGGUACCCUGGGGGAAGGGUCAGAACUUCCCAGAUACACAGACAUAAAAACACUCUCCCAACCUAGGUAUCAGGGGCUGUCUCAGUCACUCUGGUGUGAUAAACGAAAGGUCAGGGUCAAGUGUUCAUUAUUAUUCAAGGGCUGAUCGAUUGCUUCUCCUGUUAUAAUUACUCUGAAAUGGGUCUGUGAUCUAUACAUAAUACUGAUACAUUAUUUCUUACCUUAUUCUGCUCCACUGUAUUGAUUUUAAAUAAUUAGGAGUAUUUAAGCUUAUAUUCUUGAGCUUAUAUUUUUAAGACUUGAUUCUUUCAGAGAUAAUAAGGGCUGUAGACACAGAUCUUCUGAAACCCACGAGAAAUACUAGAGCCAAGGCCCGCUGACAUGCCUUAGAAGCUUUGAAUGCAAUAAAGCUGUGUGUGGUAUUCACACAUUGCAGUGUGUGUAGAAAGUGUUCCUUAUCUGUCAUGCUGGAGUCAGCAAAUGAGGUGUCCAAGGGCCUCUGGCUGCCCCCCGCCCAGAUGCCUGGGGGCUGAGAUUUCAGCAGAACUAUAGCCCAUUUGAGGCUGCCAUGGGUGUGGCAGCCACUCAGGAAGCUUUCGAUGCAGAAAUCUCAGCCAGAUGAGAUGUCCUUCUGGGCUUUGCCUCAGGAUGGGGGGGGAGGAAGGGGAGGGGUAUGAGUGAAAAGUUAAUAAACCACAAUGGGGUAAUCAGGGCAACAGUGAUGGAGGUGGGAGGGUUCAUUGUAUUAUGCCUUCUAUUGUUAUCUCUGUUUGAAAUUUUCUAUAAUAAAAAGUUUAAAAAAUGAAACAAAAACCAGCCAGCAGUGGGCCCUGUUCACGGAUUUUAUCCUUGUUUGAAGAGAGGUAGGAGUUGUGCUUGGUGUGGAUUUGAGGUUGUUGAAUAAUAAUUUGACUGGCUGUUGUCUCUUGUUCCUGCUGGGGAGAUACUAAAUCCUUGGAAUUUCCCCAGUAAUAGGAGCG